AUUCGUCGCUUCAGUCCAGUAGUAGCCACCGAUAAAAUCGGUCGGGAAAUUCAAUCGAUAAUAACAGUUAACAUCCGUUCUAGACCUGGCCGACAACCUGUUGCGUGUUCGGAGAAACCACCAUUCGUUAGAGUAUCCUAGUUAUUAUAAAGUCUUUUGAAGGAUAAUUUUGGCUCAAUCAUGUUUCUAUUGAGGGGCAAAACCUGAGAAGCUUGUGUAAGAUAGUUAUUGUAUGUGGGAAUCAACGCACUCUUGGAGAACAAACGCGUGAUGAUUACUAUCCACUUAAUAAUUGAUAUACAGUAAUUGAAGGUGAACGGAAAACAAACCAAAGUUAAAGUGCAAUGAACUGACAGUAUAUUCAAAAUUCAUGUGAUGUUCAAGAACCGUUGAAACGCGAGGAAGCGAAAAGUUUUCAAAACAGCGACGAAUCAUUCUUAUCAGAGUUAUAACCCCGCUUAGGAUUAGUCAGUGAUUUAUCAACACCCCGCGUCCAAACAUUACUAGGCGAUUUAGCAGAAAACAGCAAUGACGACUACCAACUUCGCAAAGUUUAUUCUACUGCUGUGGAAGAACUGGAUCAUUGCAAAGCGGCAUUACUUUCAGACAUUUUUUGAAAUUGCAAUACCCGUGCUUGCUUCCACGUUGCUCAUAUUAGUACGCGGUCUUGUGGACGCUGAUCAUUUCAAGUUUAAUUUAAUAUUUCUACCGCUUGACUUGACGUCGAUCAUCCAUCUAAGGACGAUUCCCAUGAAUCCCCCUCUGCAGCACACAAUUGCAUAUUCACCGGAAAAUGAACUGUUGGAACGAAUAGUCGCACGUUCCGUGGGAAUUUUCGAUGAUCCUAUGGUGAACACGAUUGCAUUCAGCAACUCUAGCAUAAUGCAGGCUUUUCUUCAGAACAAUAAUCUUCUAGCUGGGAUUGAAUUUCCGGAUGCAUAUGUGAACAUACAAACUCUACCGGAGCAUAUGGAGUUCGCCAUACGAUUUCCAGCCGAGAUGCGCACAUUUGUUCAGGUGGGAACGGAGUUCUGGAACAACUGGCAAACCAACAGACUUUUUCCAGCGUUCGAAACUCCUGGCCCGAGAAAUCCCGUGCGAGACGAUGGCGGCUAUCCAGCCAACUACUAUCGCGAAACGUUUGCCCAGGUGCAAAGUGCCAUUUCCCAGUCCAUCGUAGUGGAACGGAACCCGGAACUGGUGAUUCCGGAUGUGUUUUUGCGGCGUUAUCCCCACCCACCGUUCUACAGCGAUCCGUUGCUUCUGGGGUUGGAAAAUUUGCUCCCACUGAUCAUUGUCGUGGCGUUCUUCUACACAUGUAUCAACACCGUUAAAUACAUUGCCGUGGAGAAAGAAAAGCAGCUGAAGGAGGCAAUGAAAAUCAUGGGUCUUCGGAGUUGGCUACACUGGACUGCAUGGUUUGUGAAGACCAUGAUUCUGCUUCUGGUUUCGAUUUCCUUGAUCACCAUUCUACUUUGCAUUAGCAUGACCAGCAACACCGAUCUGGCCGUGUUUACUUAUGCAGAAUGGUCAGUAGUUUGGGUUUACCUGUUGGUCUACAGUACGGCAACCAUCACAUUUUGCUUUAUGAUGAGUACAUUUUUCUCUAAAGCUAACACCGCUGCUGGAAUCGCUGGACUAAUGUGGUUCAUAUUCGUCAUGCCGUACAACAUUGCAUUUUCCAACUAUGACACAAUGUCCUUGUCAGCGAAGUUGGCUCUUUGCUUAUUCCACAACUCUGGAAUGUCUUUUGGGUUUAUGUUGAUGAUGCGUCACGAAGGAACUACGACAGGCGUACAGUGGCAUAACUUAUUUGAUCCGAUAACUGUUGAUGAUGACCUAAGCGUAGGAGCUACCAUGAUGAUGUUACUAGCGGAUUCUGUGAUCUACCUCGUGAUAGCGCUCUAUGUCGAAAAGGUACUUCCGGGAGAAUUCGGCAUAGCUCAACCUUGGUAUUUUCCAUUUACUGUCAGCUUUUGGACAAAUAAAGUUGACAUUGUAGAUGAUGCGGAUGGGUUCGUAGAAGCGUCAGAAUCUAGAGAACCAGAUCCAGCAGGAAAACAUGCGGGUAUCAAAAUCAAGGGACUACGGAAAGCUUUUGAUAAAGAAAAGGUGGCCGUCAAAGGUCUUCAUCUGAACAUGUUUGACGACCAGAUAACGGUUUUGCUUGGACACAAUGGCGCAGGUAAAACAACAACUAUGUCGAUGUUAACAGGAGUGUUCUCGCCCACAUCUGGAACGGCUCUUAUAAACGACUGUGAUAUACGCACAAAUAUAGACGGCGCUCGUCAAUCUCUAGGCCUUUGUCCGCAGCAUAACGUUUUGUUCAACGAGAUGACAGUUGCCGAGCACAUUGAAUUCUUUGCUCGAUUAAAAGGUGUCGAGAGGAAGAAUAUUGCCAGUGAGAUUCGUCAUUAUGUUAAGAUAUUGGAGUUGGAGGACAAGAUCAGUUCGCAAUCACAUACCCUAUCAGGUGGAAUGAAACGAAAAUUGGCAGUUGGAAUUGCACUGUGUGGAGGAUCAAAAGUUGUUCUAUGUGAUGAACCGACGUCUGGCAUGGAUCCAGCUGCAAGGCGCGCUUUGUGGGACUUGUUGAUCAUGGAAAAGAAAGGAAGAACAAUUCUGUUGUCUACACAUUUUAUGGACGAAGCAGACAUUCUUGGCGAUCGAAUAGCUAUAAUGGCGGAUGGUGAAUUGAAAGCAGUUGGUUCUUCAUUUUUCCUGAAAAAGAAAUUCGGUGUAGGAUACCGUCUGAUUUGCGUCAAAGGAGAUGGAUGUAAUCCUCAGAAUGUUACUGCAUUAAUACAACGAUACAUUCCAAGUUGUCAUGUCGAUACCGACAUAGGAACAGAGCUCUCUUAUGUCCUAGAAGAGAACUAUACUAAUGUAUUUCAAGCUCUACUAGAAGAUCUGGAAGAGAACUCAGAACAACUUAGCAUUGAUAGCUACGGAAUAUCACUUACCACAUUGGAAGAAGUUUUUCUCAAAGUUGGAAGCGAUUCCUUACCUCAGGAGAAACCAGAGAAUCAAAGUAACGGAUUUUUAUAUGAAAAUGGAGCCGCUGGUUCCACGGUUACUAUUAACUUUGACGAAAACGAAAAACUUCUUACCGGUGCAGCACUGAAACUUAACCAAAUACAAGCGAUGUUUUUGAAAAAGUUUAUAGCAACCUGCAGAGGAUGGAUUGCGAUGCUGGUUCAAAUUUUCAUUCCUAUAUUCUUCGUAAUCAUGACCGUAAUAAUUGUAAGAUCUUUUCCGGACAGCGUUCAGCUACCAACAUUGAGAAUUACUCUGAAUGAUUAUCUACGAACUACAACUGUUCUUGAGGCAGCAACUGAUGAGCUGGACGUCGUACACUCCUAUCAAAAACUGUUUGGCCAAUAUGGAAAAGAGACUCAACUAUUGACAAUCACAGAACCGAUGACUGACUACAUAUUGCGAAGGACAAUAGAAAACACUCCGUUGGUGAUGAAUCAAUUUCUGGUUGGCGCAACCAUCAGUUCCGAUAAUGUCACCGUGUGGUUCAACCCCCAAGGUUUCCACACUGUACCGUUGACAAUCAAUUUGUUUUAUAACGCACUGCUGCGAUCGACGUGCCCCAGCUGUUCGAUAGAAGUUACCAACCAUCCGUUGCCAUUUAGGCCGGAAACUCGAUUCACGCAGCUUCAGGCUGGCAAUAACAUGGGUUUCCAGCUGGCCUUCAACACUGGAUUCGCUAUGGCGUUCGUGGCAGCGCUCUAUGUGUUAUUCUACAUCCGAGAACGAGUUUCCCGAGCCAAGCUGCUACAGUUUGUGAGCGGGGUAAACGUGUUUGCCUUUUGGAUGGUGUCCUUUUUGUGGGAUUACAUGACCUAUAUCGUUACCGUUCUGUUCUACGUAGCAACACUCGCUGCAUUCCAGGAGGAUGGCUGGUCAACGGGAGAAGAACUUGGACGUGUAUUCCUGAUAUUGAUGGUCUUUGGAUUCGCAUUCUUGCCGCUCACGUAUCUGCUGUCGUUCCGAUUUGAAGUUCCAGCUAGUGGAUUCGUCAAAUUGAUGCUGCUAAAUAUCUUCACGGGUAUAAUAUUUUUCAUGGCUGUGUUCCUUCUCCUGUUCGAUGGCUUUGACCUGGAGCAUGUUGGACGCGGUUUAGAGUGGGGUUUCAUGAUUUUCCCCUUGUUUGCAUUAAGUCACGCUUUGAGUAAUGUAAACAUUGCAUCGACAACUCUCCAAAUUUGCGAUGCUCAGUGUAGCAUUAUACCGGGAUGUAAUGAAAAACUCAUCUGCGAACUGUUUCCGAAUUGUUGUGGUGUUGAAAUAUUCUCAUUCGAUCCAACGGGAAUCAAUCGAAACUUGUUGUUCAUGGCUGGACUAGGAUUAGGGUGUUUUGCUUUGCUCAUGUUCGUUGAGUAUCGAGUGUUUAGCAAAUUGUCUGACAUCAUAACUUCAAAGAAAUCCCCAUCAACUUUGACUCCAACUACAUCUACAGAUAGUGAUGUUUUGGCUGAAAAAGAACGUGUUCGUCAAAUGACCAUGAGCGAAAUAAGCGCCACUAAUCUGGUGCUUCGAGACGUAACCAAAUAUUACAAAUCUUUUCUGGCAGUGAAUCAAAUAUCUGUAUCAGUUGAACAUUCCCAAUGCUUUGGAUUACUAGGCGUUAACGGAGCCGGUAAAACUUCAACCUUCAAGAUGAUGACCGGUGAUGAGAACAUUUCCGCUGGAGAUGCAUGGGUUAGUGGGAUUAAUUUAAAGACCGCCAUGACCACAGUUCAUCAGCAGAUUGGAUACUGCCCACAAUUUGAUGCACUUAUAGAUGACCUUACAGGCAGAGAAACAAUGAAAAUAUUUGCGCUGCUCAGAGGUGUGCCAAAAAAUGAAAUAUCCGCGGUUUCCAUGAAACUUGCUGAGGAUUUGAAUUUCAAAAAGCACAUCGACAAACGCACGAAACAAUACAGUGGUGGAAACAAAAGGAAGCUUAGUACUGCUCUGGCUUUGUUAGGUAAUCCAACAGUCGUCUAUCUAGAUGAGCCUACCACUGGUAUGGAUCCUGGUGCCAAACGACAGCUAUGGGACGUGAUUUGUAAAGAACGAAGUGCAGGCAAGUCGAUUGUACUGACAUCCCAUAGUAUGGAAGAAUGUGAAGCUUUAUGCACAAAGUUGGCCAUCAUGGUCAACGGAGAAUUCAAAUGUAUAGGAUCAACGCAACAUUUGAAGAACAAAUUUUCUAACGGCUAUUUCCUGACCAUAAAACUAAAGAAGAAAGCUACCGAAGACGCCACUGAAAAGGUAUCAGAAAUUAAAGCGUACAUAAGUGAACAUUUCCAAGAUGCAGAACUCAAAGAGGAAUACCUUGAAUCAAUCACCUACCAAAUCCCAAAAUCCGAAGUUCGCUGGUCAGCAAUGUUUGGACUGAUGGAACAAGCCAAGCAAAUUCUCGACAUUGAAGACUACGUGCUCGGGCAAACCACGCUCGAGCAGGUAUUUUUGUCAUUUACGAAAUAUCAACGAGUGGUUGCCGAUUGACAUCCGGUUAACGUCAGUGAUGCAUAAGCCCAGGUUACAUAUCAAGUACAAAUAUUAAUUUAUUAUGCUGUUCACAAUACUUAUGCAUUAUACACACAUAUUUUUGCAAGUAUGUUCUU